GAAAUCGGGGAGUGUGCAAUUUAUUUAAGUAGUUCAAUUCAAAAAGUGAAACCCUGUAAAAUAAAAUUUAAAAAAAUUUAAUAUUUCACUCUUUGCGUAGUUGCAAUUGAAGUUGCAACAGUAGGCAGUCAGAAUCAGUAUUAGGUUUUGUCUAUAUGUCACCAGUCAGUGCGAGAGCAGGUGACAAUGUUUCAAAUAGCUGUUUUUUCUAGUUUGACGUCCAGCACGUGAAUGAUACAAGUUGUCAACUCGGAUUUUUAUUUCCUCGCUGGAGCCGAAUUGAAGAUGGAUCGAUCAGCAGUCUGAAAACGUUCCUGAAGGAGAUGGAGCCCAGGUGGACCACCACGGUUCUGCUGGUUCCGUGCGCAGUGGUGGUCGCAGCCGCGUUGUUGUACGUUUAUUCUUUAGUUUUGGCCCUGCUGUCCAAAAGCUCUGUACGCAACAAGGUUGUGCUGAUCAGCGACGCUUUGUCCUCACUCGGGAAAGAAUGUUCUGGCAUCUUCCACAAGGGCGGCGCCAGGUUGAUCCUGUGCGGGAAAAGCUGGGAGAAACUCCAGGAGCUUUCCGACGACUUACUGAACAACUCCGACCCGAGCGCGACGUUCCUUCCCAAGCUGGUACUUCUCGAUUUUGGGGACACGGAGACACUUCCCGAAGCAGUAACGGAGAUCCUGGAGUGUUAUGGCUGCCUGGACGUACUCAUCCUCAACAGCAGCAUGAAGCUCAAAGCUCCUGCGUACACUUUGUCCCUAGCGAUGGACAAACUACUCAUGGAUAACAACUACUUCGGUCCAGUCACACUGGCUAAAGGUGUGCUUCCCUCCAUGAUGUCCAGGCGCUCAGGUCACCUCCUGGUGGUCAACAGCAUUCAGGGAAAACUGGCUGUGCCCUUUCGUACCUCCUACGCUGCUUCCAAGCACGCGAUACAGGCCUUCUUUGACUGCCUUCGUUCCGAAGUGGAGGGCUCGGGCAUCUCCGUCAGCACCAUCAACGUCACUUUCAUCAGCUCAUGCGCGUCUGGGAAGCAGAAAGACACGGCGGCCAAGUCCUUCUGGUCAUAUUUGUACACAAAGAAGCCGCUUGGCGUUUCUCCACGCGAGGCAGCCGGUGAGGUGGCAAAGACUUUGACCAACAAGAGGAAGGAGGUUCUGAUGGUGCCCUCGCUGCCGAAGGCGGCGCUCUACGCACGCUCCUUUUUCCCCAAUCUCUUCUUCGCUGUCAUGGCAGCAGGCGUGAAGGACGCCACCAACACCAAAAUGUAGUCCUGCUUUAUUUUGGAAAUAGUUUCAAAUUGAAAACUGAGUUUUAAAUUCAAAAGCAUAAAAGUGUUUCGUUAUCAUCACGUGCGUUCACGGUGUUUGUUUAUUCGUUAUAUGACUUACAUUUUGGCACAGUAGCCUAGCACAUUUCUGAGGUUCGGGAUUUGAAUCUGAGCCUACCUUUGUGGAGUUUGCAUGUUGUCCCAGUACUCCAGUGGGUUUCCCCUCCCACAUUCCAAAAACAUGUUAGCAUGUUAGCUUCAUUGAAGACGAUAAAUUGUUCGUAGGUGAGAAUGUGAAAGAGAGAAUGCUUGUUUUUCUUUUGUGCCCUGAUAUUGACUGACGGGCAGUUUCAUUGAAAAUAUACAUUAAAUAAAGUAAAGUGUGAGAAACCCUG